AUGGCUGCUAUUGCACAAGGACAUCAAGUCCAUCCAGACGGUCGGACGUGGAAAAGUCAUUUCCCCAAGGGUGAUCUCUGGGUAUUUGGAUAUGGGAGUUUGAUCUGGAAGCCACCUCCACAUUACGACCAGCGCGUACCAGGCUAUAUCGAGGGCUAUGUGCGGCGGUUUUGGCAGGCUAGUACCGACCACCGCGGCACACCCGAGCAACCAGGCCGAGUAGUCACGGUAAUCGAGCGAAGCUUUUGGGAGACACUAGAUGACCCACUCGCCCACCUGGAAUCCGAAACAUCAUCCACAGGCAAAGUCUGGGGCGCCGCAUACCACAUCCCAGCAUCUCACGCCGAGGAAGUCCACGACUACCUUGACGAGCGUGAAAUUGACGGGUACAGCGCGCAUUACACGCCAUUCCACCCGACAGUCCCGGUUGAAGGAUCAACGACAUCCCCAAUUAUCUGCAUGGUUUACAUCGGCCAGCCGAGUAACCCGCAGUUCCUCCGUGAUGCGGCUCAUCGCGAGCCGCAGCAUGUGGCCCAGGUCAUUAGUAAUGGGCAUGGGUUGAGUGGGAAGAAUUCUGAGUAUUUGUUUAUGCUGGAGAAAGCUCUUGAGGGUAUUGGACUUGGAAGUGCGGAUGUCCAUGUCAGAGAUUUGGUGAGGAAGGUUAAGGAUAUUGAGGCUGAGGGUGUCGCGGAGGCUGAGGAAGUUGAGGCUGAAUUGCGGGUUACGAGGUCUUUGGAGGGUGCGGCUGAAGAGGCCGAUUGGGGAAAUCGUCGUCCGAGCAUUGAAUAA